UUUCUCUUUCUUGAAGCUAAAGUGUGUAGUUAUUAGGGGAGCCCAGAAGUGACAUGUUGGGGUUCCCCUCACUCAGCACCACUAAUAGAGCAGCAGCAUUAGACUGGAGUCAGGGCCCUGGCAAGUUUGUGCUGCUCUUGUUGGAUUUCCUCUCAGAUACAUAAGUAUAGUAAGUAUGUAGCAGGUCAGACAGUAGUAAUGUAGAGGUACUUGUAAACUUAGCAAUGGCAUAAGCCACAGGACCGCCAUCAGAAAUCGCUGGGCCCUUUACAACAACAUUUCCUGAGCCCCCUGGGCUGCGCCCACCGCACAUUAUAAGAAAAUUGGUGGCCAGGGCCCCUUUAACGUCCAUGCUUUCCCGAAGUCAUCAGCUCUCAGAAAGAUGGGGGGCCUGACUAAUCAAGUAAGGGGCCCUAGGGGCCCCCUACAGCUUUCUCCCCUGAUGGCUGCCCUGAUAAGCCAUACGGGCACCCAGGGGUGACUCAGAGCACGAGGGGGAAUGUCCCUGGGGGAGAAGUGGACGAGUCCGAGCUAAACUGACGUGCCAUUGCCCUGGCGAGAGUGAAGGCGCAGGAGGAGCUGUGUGAGGGGAAGAGACAGGAGAAGGAGGAGGUGGUUAUUACUCUUCUAGUUUCCUGCUCUAGUUUGUGUACGAGAAAGGAAGCCGUGGGGACCUCGCCUCGUAUCUGAGCGUCUGAACCUUGCCUUCUCCCCGUUCCAUGCGAUCAUUGGCCUCCGCUGCCGCCGCCGGAAAUCCUCCUCUCCAGCACAAUAAUAAAGGCAAUCUCUUCCUGCUGCCCAGCUCGGCCCCCGGCUGCUCCUCCUACUUCUCCUGGGCCCGGACUCGUAGGCAGAGGGAACCCCGGGGACCGGGAGAGGCUUCUCGGACUCGCAGUGGAUCUAAGGGCCGGGGCUGUGCUGCAGGGACAUCAGUAUGAGUCACUCCCCGGUGCAGCACGGCCUGCCUGGGAUAAUACAGAAUCUUAAAGCUGAUCCAGAGGAACUGUUCAGAAAACUAGAGAGAAUAGGCAAAGGCUCAUUUGGAGAAGUCUUUAAAGGAAUUGACUAUAGGACUCAGAAAGUUGUGGCCAUAAAAAUAAUAGAUUUGGAAGAAGCAGAAGAUGAAAUAGAGGAUAUUCAGCAAGAAAUCACUGUGCUCAGCCAAUGUGAUAGCCCUUACGUAACAAAGUAUUAUGGCUCCUAUCUUAAGGACACAAAAUUAUGGAUCAUUAUGGAAUAUCUCGGAGGAGGCUCAGCUCUGGAUCUGUUAGAACCUGGUCCUUUAGAUGAAACACAGAUUGCAACCAUUUUACGGGAAAUCUUAAAGGGACUUGACUACUUGCAUUCAGAGAAGAAAAUUCACAGGGAUAUUAAAGCUGCCAAUGUGCUGUUAUCUGAAAAUGGGGAGGUGAAAAUAGCCGACUUUGGUGUUGCAGGACAACUUACUGACACUCAGAUCAAGAGGAACACCUUUGUUGGAACUCCAUUCUGGAUGGCACCUGAAGUCAUAAAGCAGUCUGCAUAUGAUUCCAAGGCAGAUAUCUGGUCCCUGGGUAUAACUGCUAUUGAACUCGCAAAAGGGGAACCGCCUCAUUCAGAGCUGCAUCCCAUGAAAGUCUUGUUCCUUAUACCCAAGAACAAUCCUCCCACGCUGGAAGGAAACUACAGCAAGUUCCUGAAGGAGUUUGUAGAAGCCUGCUUAAACAAGGAGCCCAGUUUUAGACCCUCUGCUAAGGAACUGCUGAAACACAAGUUUAUUAUGCGAAAUGCAAAGAAAACCUCCUACUUAACAGAACUCAUAGACAGGUACAAGAGAUGGAAGAUAGAACAAGGCCAUGAAGCCUCCAGCUCGGACUCUGAUGAGGAAGAAGUAGAACAAGCUGCUGGCAGUGAGAAGGAUUAUUGGAACUUCACAAGAAGAAAGAGAGACUUGAAAAACUUGGAGCCUGUUCCAGCACAACCAGAAGAGGUUAAAGACAUUCCCAAGAGGCCUUUGUCUCAAUGCUUAUCUACAAUAAUGUCUCCUUUAUUUGCAGAGCUCAAGGAGAAGAGUCAGGCGUGCGGUGGGAAUGUAGGCUCAAUAGAGGAAUUGAGAGAGGCAAUUUAUUUAGCUGAAGAGGCCUGUCCGGGUAUCUCGGACUCCAUGGUUUCUCAGCUUCUUAUUAGGCUUCAGAGGUAUUCUGUUAAUGGAGUGGACUCUUCCUCGCACUGAAGGAUGUUUUUGUCCUUUUUAAGGCAAAAAUGGACCUUGCAUUAUUCUCCCUAUGGAACACGCCUCUGCUCAUGGAUAUCACAGGAUGUGGACCUUCCUGAAUGAUGAGUGACUAUAGAUAGGGAGUUGGUGAAAGCUAUAGUUUUUAUGAUUUUCUUUUUUUUUUCUCUAAUCAUAAUGCGAAUAUAUAAAAAUGUAAAAAAAAAACUUCUGCAAAUUACUGUGAUAAGGCAAACGAAGAUAUUGUGAAACCUCAGGUAUCUUGCUGUAAGCAGUCCGUUGUGCUGGAGAUGGAAUGAAAUCUUGGUUUAAUUCCUCUAUGGAAAGUUAUCAGAUGCCUCGGCCUUCUUUCCUCAAGCCGCUGUGAGCUCCCAGCAUGCCCAGCAGUUGAAGCCUAUGAAUGGUGGGAGAUGCAAAUCACAACAGCUGGAGGGACGUGGGCUGACAUUCCAAUUUUACAGUUGACUUUUUACUAGAGUUUGCCAACCUACAAACAGACCCAGGGCAUCCCUCGGUGCAAGAUGCCAUGUUCUGUUUAUGGAUUUCAUAUCUGGCAGCCAUAUUUUAUGUUUUAUGCUAAUGGUUUAAAUGAAGCGCCAAGUUGAGUUUUGUUAUCUACAUACAGAAGCCCUGUGGGACAUGUGUUAGAUGAUACCAGUGUAAUGUUUUGUCUAAAUAUACAUGACAUUGUACAGUAUUGCCGUUUUCUUCAGAAAACAAACUGUGGCAUUUAGAUAUAUCUUCUAUACAUUUAUCGAUACACAUUAUUUGUAUAUACUUAAAAGACAGAGGAUAAGGUACUGUCACAAUGAAGUUUUACUGUUUUUAAUUUAUAGAUAUGUCUGAAAUAUGUAAGGCUCCGCCUCAUCACUGGGAUAAGUUAUGAGAAUAUUAUAACACAAUACGUACA